AUGGUUCCGGUUCGGCUACCCGUGCCGUGCGUCGGCUGCCGUCUACCGUCGCACACGGGUUCGGUUGGCAGCCCUAAUCACAAGGAAUUAUCUUGCGACAUCCCAUUGGAACUCGCAAUCGUCCAAGAACAUGCAAAGCAGUCGAUAGACAUGCACCCCGAAGUCACGAAGCUCCUAACAAGCGCAAUUACCUCCUGCAAACAUCUCUCUCUUUCUACGUCGAAAGCGUCAAACUUCUUGUUUUUCGCGUUCGCGAGGAUUAUUUUGCUACCACAACUCCAGGUUCUUCGGUCGAUCUCGCUGGAUAUCCGUUCCGAGAUAGCGACUCGAGGAACACUCCUUUCGCUCUUACGAGCACCGAAAUUGCAUCACGUUCGACUAAAGAUGGCCUCGUCUUCCAACCUCAAUCUUAUCAACCUUCCGUACGGGCAGAUCAAACAUCUUUCCACCAUUGUAUCCCCGAGGAACACCUACGUCGACCCGAACACCGCUCCGGUCAUGGAUUGGCAAGGCCUCAUAUUGAAGUGCCCAAACCUAGAAGAGAUCGAGGUCUACUUCCAAGGGCACGGAUACACCAAUCCUCGUGAAAUUCAGGAACAGCGGUUGAGGAUACCCUCACUUGCUUCUGGAUUGAUAUCCUUCGAAUCUGCAAAGCGCCUGAGCAUUCGUGUUGGCUUCGGUGCAGACAUCGACACCAUCUUGAAAGACUUUUUCUUCCCGAAACUUCGCUACCUCCACAUCGCAUCCGUUAGCCACCCCGUUACACUGUUCGCGGAACACCUCCCGUUCGCGGAGACCCUCUCAAACCACAUGUUGAUGUUCACCCUGUCCGGUUUGACACAAUUGAGCUUGCCCCGUGUGAACUUGCUCUGUGUGAGCUUGAAUUCUUGA